GUUGGAUUGACAUGCCCGGUCAGAAGAAAGACAUCUUGGCAGGGGCUCAAGUGAAGCAGGAUGGAAAGAUCGUCUCUACCUCCUCAUCUUCCUCGUCCUCCUCCUCUACCCUCUGGAGGACGGACAGUAUACUGUUGAAGACUUUUCUUCUAGUCACCUGCAUCAAGAUUCUCCUGAUUCCUACUUACCGCUCCACUGAUUUCGAGGUACAUCGCAAUUGGCUGGCCAUCACGCACAGUCUACCGGUCGCGGAAUGGUACGUGAACGCACAAUCUCCCUGGACUCUCGACUAUCCACCUCUGUUCGCGUGGUUCGAGUACUGCCUCAGCCGAGCGGCUGCGUUUUUCGAUCCGGAGAUGCUCAAGGUGGAGAAUCUAAACUAUGCCUCGCCAGCCACUGUAUACUUCCAGAGAGGCACCGUUAUAUUCGCUGAUUUGAUAUUUGCCUAUGGAGUAAGUGAAACGAGUAGAACAUUUUGCAAAUCUUCGAACAGCCACGUAGUUUUCGUGUUUCUGUCAUUGUGCAACGUAGGACUGCUGAUAGUCGACCAUAUACACUUCCAGUACAAUGGCUUUCUGCUCGGCAUUCUAUUGCUGUCAAUGGCGAACGUCUCGAAGACUGACAAGCAGAUGUCGGUGUUGCAAGGUGCUACGUGGUUUGCCGUUUUACUCAAUCUAAAACAUCUGUACCUGUACGUGGCACCAGCGUACACCGUCUGGCUGCUAAAAUCAUAUUGUCUGAACAGUGGAAAGUUCCUCAAGCGGUUAUUUAGCCUUGGACUGAUCGUUCUGACUGUUCUAGCGGUGUCCUUCGGUCCGUUCAGAACUCAAUUGCCGCAGGGGCCUGGUGCAUUCGUACUGGGCUGCGAAUGGUUGGGCAUUAUAUAUCGGCGCGGAGAAAGUGCUGUCUGUGAUAUGGAAACGCUUCGGAUGGCUGAGAGACGUUAAAUCCGCGGUAAUGACAGGUGGUUUGGUGCAAGAGGAAAACUUCCUUAUACUACCCACUCCAACCCCUGCCGUUACGUUCAUU